AUGGCCCACAAGCGCAAGCGAUCCGUCUCUGAGUUCUGUGCCUCUCCCUCAUCAGUCUCAUCCUUCGACUCUCCUCCUCGACUCGGCAACUCCAUUACCAGUCCUUUCGCGAUCAUGGCAUCGACGCCCAUUCACCUUCACAGUCGAACCAUGAAGCGAUUUCGCGAUAAUCGACCUUCAGAAGAGACAAUUCAUCAACGUACUCUCAACAUGCUGUACUCUGCGCAGAGCCAGCAUCAACACAUUGGACUUCCAUCUGAGAACAUACAAACACCACCUCAACCUACUCAACCUGAAUCAAACCAACAAUCUCUCCACCGGUUCUGGAACAUCUCUUCGGCGCCUUCAGCUCCGACAACCAACCUAAGCCAAACACAACUCACCCCCUCGAACUGCGACGAUUGCGGUGCUAGUCUCAACAGUGGUGAUGAUGGCAUGGAUAUCGAUGGUAUCGACAACGGGGAUCACUCGUGCGGUGCUUGUGGUAAGCAUGUUUGCUUCAGCUGCUCUGUGAGCAACCUUGGCGAACAGCGACGCUGUCUGCAGUGCGCUGGUCCAAACGAUCGACCUUCACGUGCAACAUGGAAUAAAGUUACUGCAUCAAUGUUUUGA